ACCUCCUCUUUGGAAUAUGUUCGAAAGAUUUAGUCUUCGUUUGUACUCAAAUGUGUUUCGUUAAAUUAUGUGAGUCAUUAAUUUAAUCGGACGAUAUUCAUUGAAAAUAUACGUAUAUAUAUAUAUCUAAUUGAAAAGUAUUUGUGUACGAUUAAUGAUAGAAAAAAAAGUAUAAUUAAAUAUCUGUGAUAACAAUGACAUACUUAAAUUCGUGGGAGGAAUUUGAAAAGGGUGCGGAGAGGUUAUAUCUUCAAAAUCCAAUGAAAGCCAGAUAUUCAAUGAAAUAUUGCCAUAAUAAAGGUGUUUUAUGGCUGAAACUUACAGACAAUUGUACAUGUCUACAAUAUAAGACAGAAAUAGCACAAGAUUUGAAGAAAAUGGAAAAAUUUAUAGGAAAUCUUAUGAGGCAUAUGGCAUCGAAAGACAGUUGAAGAGUGAAAGAGGAAGGUUAUUAUAAUAAUAAUAAGAAUAUCAUUUUAAAUAAUAUAAAUAAUAUGUAAACACACAGUGCAUUCAUGAGUUUAGCGAACUUUUUAUGUGUCAUAUAUAUAUAUAUAUAUAUAUAUAUAUAUAUAUUAUAAAGAUUCAGUUGACUGUUACCUAACGAUUAUAAAGAUAUUUAAUUUCAUGAGGUAUAAAAAUUUUCUUAAAUAUACAAUAUGUGCAUAAACUUCGGCUUGAGAAUUUUAAUUAAAGCUUCAUGCUCAUUUCUGGUGGCUCCUUUGCCUCCUUGUCAAGGUUCUGCAAAAGAAAAAGAAAGAAAGAAAGAAAGAAAGAAAGAAGGAAAAAAAAAAAAA